AUGGCUGUCUCCCACUGCUUCUCUACUUCCGCCGUGUUGGGGGCCUCACUGGGGGUCCCCAGUCUGGCAUAUGGGACGAUAGGCCCUACUGGGGAGCCGCUGCCCCCCACUUUGGGCCGGAGGCACAUCCACACCUUUGGGAGGCGCUGGGCAGUGCCCUCCGCCCCAGACACGCUGCUGACACAGUGUUACACCAGGGUCCCUUCAGGCUCAGGGGGCAACGUCAGGCCUCGGCGCUGGAUCCGCGGUGGUAACAGAGGUGGGACCCAGCGCUGGCUGCAGGCUCCGGGGGAGCUGCAGAGACUCAGCGUCUGCACCAUGCCCGUGCUGGCCAAGCCGGCGGCCCAAGCGGCCCGCCGCCACUACAAGGGCCGUGACCUCAACCUUCACCAGCACCUUCCUCACCUGGAGUGUCCUCGCUGCUGGGCGGCCCUGCCCAGGACUGAAGUCCGCGCCUCAGACCGGCCCCUUCAGCCACCAGCAGGCCACAUCCUCUGCCCGAGAUGCCCAUUCUUCCCUUUCCGGUUCAGAAAAAUCCAGACUGAUGGCACCUUUUCCAGGAAGCCCGCUCUGACCCCAGCUGGUCAGGGGCUCCUGAGUUCCCCAGACCCAAGUGCCAGGGCCAACGUGGCCGAUCCAUACCAGGUGACAGGGGCUGGAGAGCUGAACCAGCUGCUGCGGCCCAAGGCUUCAGGCCCCUUCAACUUUGUCUUUGACCUGCACAACACCAUGGCCAACACGGGCACCUGUCUUAUCACGGAAGCCGCUCACAACAUCUCUGUCAAGCACCUGGGCUACCACCUACAGUCCCCAGUCCUGGAGCUGGGACCCCAGCCUCAGGGCGUGCUGCGGGCAGACCUAUUCACCAGGAUGAGGACUGUGGCCAAAGUCCUGGACUUUAUCGAACUCUUCAGCCAGGCUGAGAGCUCCUUUGGCACAGGUCCGGCCUUUCCUGCUUUGGAGCUGGAAGCCAAUAGAACCGUGGGCAGCGUGGACUUCCCACGUACUGAGGCUGGGGACCCGGCAGGCACCGUGCUUCCUCAGCUGCCAGGUAGAGACUUCCAGCUACUGUUGCCCAGUAUGGCCAUCUUCCAGAUGUUCAGUGAUGAGGAUGUGCUCUAUGAGGGGGAGUCUGCUGUGUACCCCAUGUUCAACGAGGCCACCUACUAUGAGAGGGGCAUUGCCUCCCUCCAGACUAAGAAGCUCACAUUCUCUGUGCCUGCCCUUACCCCCACCCUAGGUCCCUAACCCACGCCAGGCCUGCCCAGGCUCAGCCCUCCCACCUGA